AUGCAGGCUGGCCUGAUUCUAGGUCCUGCCAUUCAGGUAGAGAUAUUGGAAAACUACAGAGAGAAGUUGUUUCCAUUUCCAAGUCAGGGCACACUUGCAACAGUAACAUCAAUUGGUUAUGCACUUUUCAUCUUUACAAGUGGGGUGCAAAUGGAUUUGAGCAUGAUAACCAGGACAGGACACAAGGCAUGGACCAUUGCAAUGACUGGAUUGUCUGUGCCGUUAAUUGUUUGUAUUCCAAUUGCAAACAUAUUCACUAAAAAUAUAAGUAUUCAUGUUGGAGAUGGAGAUCAGUUCUUUGAUUUUUCCUCUGUAGUGCUCGCAGAAACUAUAAUUUCAUUUGCAGUCGUUGCCUCCCUCCUCAAUGAACUUAAAAUCCUUAACUCUGAACUUGGCAGGUUGGCAUUAUCCUCAGUAUUGGUGAGUGACAUUCUGAGCAAAAUCAUCACGUGUGUUACCAGUAUCUUAAAAGAUAGCCAAGAUAACUUUAACAUUGUAGUACUGUUGGUAUCACUGUUUGCCUUUGGCAUCUUUGUUCCAUUAAUUUUUCGGCCUGCAAUGUUUUGGAUCAUCAAACAUACUGCAGAAGGAAGGCCUGUGAAUGAUGCUUAUGUCUAUCUUAUCAUCAUAAUGGUCUUUGCAUUAGGUUGGGUUGCAGUUCAAAUAGAUCAGGACUUUAUCCUAGGAGCUUUUAUUCUGGGGUUGGCAGUGCCUGAAGGACCACCAUUAGGAUCAGCAUUGGUCAAGAAACUUCACUUCUUUGGUAACUGUUUCUUCUUGCCAAUUUUUGUGACUUGCGGCGUGAUGAAGGCAGAUUAUUCCCUACAGUAUUAUUCAUCAGAACUAGUUUUGCUCACUGCUUACAUCACUUUUUUCACUCACUUUGUCAAAGUAAUGGCAUGCACUAUACCUGCCCUCUUUUGCAAGAUUCCCUUACAAGAUGCAUUGGCUCUUGGCCUCAUUUUGAACGUGAAAGGCGUAGUGGAAGUUGGUGUCUACGGAAUCUUAUACGACGAGGGGGUAAUGUAUUUAGUUCCACCUUCCCUUUCCUUUGAAUAA